AUGGCAGAGAAGCAACUGAUAUCCCUAUUUGACGAUGAAUAUUGCACGAAAUAUACUAUCCUAAUCGCUAGUACGUUGGGCCGUAUGAAAGAAACCCGGGAUUCCUCUUUUUACGAAAAUGAACACCAGUUAUCGGAAGAAGAAAGAAAAGAGUGGGAAUUGUUCCAUGAAAAAUAUGAUGAGUGGGCUAUAACGGUCGUAAAGAGAACAGGCAAUGCUUUAGAUCCAUCGACGCCCAAGGAUGCGGCGGAAGUUAAGAAAUUCAAAUCUUUUAGUGAAGCAGAAAAGGGCGAAUGCUUUGUCAAGUGUUUGCUUCUUCUUUUAAUUUCAUUGGAAGAUUAUUCGUCGAAUUCGCGCCAACUACUAUACCUCAUUUCUAAAGAAUUAAACCAGCCCGAAGAAGUUCCCCACAAGGCAGAGUUUAUAACGUCGUCUAUGCUUAUAGAGACUUUUGAAAAAAUUGAAUCAAACGAAAAAUGGUAUGAACUAUCGAAGUCCCAGCAACUCCGGAAACGUAUUACUAUGGGAUUAGCUGGCAUCACCGGAGGGGCAUUAAUUGGUAUUACAGGCGGACUGGCUGCACCCUUUGUAGUUAGCGGAUUAGGCGUUUUGUUUGCAGGAUUGGGACUUGGUACUGUGGUCGGAGCUUCUUAUUUGGGGGCCGUGAUUACAUCUGCUCCCAUGAUUACCGCACUUUUUGGAGGAUUUGGAGCAAAAAUGAGUAUGAAUCAAGUCCACGAAAUCUCAAGAGGAAUUCGUGACUUUGAAUUUAUUCCAUUAGACGUUUCUUCCAAUCUUUCCAUGACGAUUGGCGUCGCCGGAUGGCUUGAAAGCCCCCAAGAUGCUGCUGACACUUGGUAUCCUCUGACCUUUGGUGAUAAAUCAUACUAUUGGGGAGAUUUGUAUGCUUUAAAAUUCGAAGUUCAGGCUUUUGUUGAUUUAGGAAAAGUUAUAUCUCGUAUUCUAUUUACAACCGGUUUGGGUUGGGUUCAAGAUGAAGUACUUAAACGAACAAUUUUGGCUCCUUUAUCUGCUGCUCUUUGGCCUCUAGGCCUCUUAAGGAUUGGAAACAUUUUGGGUAAUUCAUGGAGGGUAGUAUUUAAUCUCUCUAUCAAAGCCGGAGAAGCUCUUGCCAACGGUUUGUGUAUGAGAGCACAAGGAAAACGUCCAGUUACAUUGAUCGGAUUUUCUUUGGGGUCAAGAACUAUUUUUGAAUGUUUACUUAAAUUAGCUGAUCGGGGUGAAAUUGGUAUCGUAGAAAAUGUUAUAUUAAUGGGAACGCCAGCAUCUACGGACCCCAAACUUUGGAGGAAAAUGCGAAGUGUGGUGUCAGGAAGAUUCGUAAAUGUUUACUCUAAAAACGACUAUGUGCUACAACUGGUUUACAAAACGAAUAGUAUUCAGGCCCAUGCUGCAGGCUUGGAGCCCAUUGCAGUAAACUCAUCAUGUGUAGAAAACUUCAACGUUGGGGACCUGAUUGAAGGACAUCUUCAGUAUCGUUGGCUUCUCCCAAAGAUAUUAAAGGAACGAUUAGGCUAUUCACACAUUUCAGACAAAAUGAUCGACGAGCUUCAAAUACAAGAAAAAACCUUUGAACAGUCUCAGCGGGAACUAUUUAAUGAAGAUACAAAAGAACAAGAAGUCAUUUUUGAUGCAUCCGAAACCUCUGAAUAG